UGUGCAACGUGCGGAUGGGUGUUUUAAUACCGGCACGUUCGCUGUGUUCUUUGAAUACAACGUAAGUAGCGUUCAUCGGCGUUCCAAUCUAACGUGAGCCGUCAGUUUAUUUUCGUCGCGAUGACGCUAUUCAGGCCAGCAUGGCGACUUUCACUGCAACGUCUCGGCCGCAGCGCCUCAAAUCGAAACGUCGGUGAACCGAAAACCGUACCUGCCGCACCACGAACCAGGAUACCGGCAAGACCAUUGAGCAGCGAUUCCGACGCUUCGCCUGCGUUCACGAGCAACCCGUUCUACAACAAGUACGCCGACAAGAUUCGAGAACUGGAGCGUCGAGAUCCCGACGCGCUCAAAAGACGUCAUCGCCAGCCGGAGGAGACGGUGUCGACGACGCCUCGAAAGGCUGCGACGACGAACGAGUCGGGGUCCGAGCACAGCGGUGCGGUGAACGCAACUAGCAGGGACGCGAAGUCGUUGCACCCAGAACCGAGCUACGUGAGGCCUUCGAAGUUCGACGCAGAGGCGAUACGGGAGCUUCGCUCCCGUUGCAACUCCGUCUCUGAGAUCACCGAGGCCUGGAAACAACUGCAUUCCGGCAGAGACGCGGUCUGCGCAGUGAUCCCUAGUUCCACCUACGAGACGAUACGGGAACGGGUUAGGGACUAUCCCGUGUUCCUCUACCCUCUUCCCAGGAAAGCCGGAGGCUACGAGUUCGUACUGUCCCAGUUUUUAGGCGAUCAGUGUCACAUGACUCCUUUGGCUAGUUACCAAAGGCAUGGCAGCGAAGCACCGGCUUGCCUUGCCCUCCACUACUGGACUCAGCUCGCCUCGAAGGAUGACUUGUCGGUUGUUCUGAUGAGCGGAGAGUACGACGCCAAGGUUAUCGGUCCCACGGAAGCGCAGUGCUUGGUCAAUCAGCUCCAGCUCUACUACGGUGGGAACGAGCUGAAGAAGAAGCUUCUCCUGUGGAACUUCAACCGCGAGUCGCGCUCUUUCAACCACGAGGCCCUUAUCAGGGAGUUCGAGUCGUCGCUGACGCAGGAACAGGAAGGUUCUUCGGUGAGGCAGCGUUGAAAGGACUUCUGCAGAACUUUCGUACAGACAAUUGAACGUAUAGAUUUCGUGAUUAUAGUGUGCGCCUUCGUGAAGUCGGCGCACAUUUCUGCGGUGAGCGAACCACCGCAACAACAUUUGCAAACGCAAGCGUGUGCAGGGUU